UAUUCCGGAUGCUGUCAAGGGGAAGUUGUUGUCGGUGCAUGGUCACAGCGUUGGACUGGAAACCAGAAAGGUGCCGCGGGUCCAUGCCUUCAUGGACAGAUCACGAAGGCAUAGGUUUGGAGAGGAGGGCCUCCAGUCUGGGAACUGCAGUCUUGUCUGUGAUUUCUGCCUCUGUUGGUAUCUUUACUUCACGAGUGUAAAGAGGUGGUGAUACGGAUCAUGAGAGAAAGGACAACAUCUCAGAUACAGCCAGCUCAGGUGGCUGGGCUAACACUUGGAGAAGGGGUGGAGAUGUUCCGUUCUAUGCUGGGGAAAGCCCUGGGCCUCGUGGGUUACACCAUCCAGUAUGGCUGCAUAGCACACUGUGCCUUUGAAUACAUUGGAGAGUUUGUGGUGUGUUCCGGUCCGUCUAUGGAGCCCACGAUCGUAAACCAUGAUGUUGUGUUCUCUGAACGGAUGAGUCGCCAUCUUUUUAAAAUACAAAAGGGUGACAUAGUCAUUGCAAAAAGUCCAUUCGACCCCAACAUGAACAUUUGCAAAAGGGUUAUUGGACUGGAGGGCGACAAGAUCUGCACUAGUGCCCAGUCAGACCUUUUCAAGACCCACACAUUUGUUCCAAUGGGCCAUGUCUGGCUGGAAGGGGAUAACCUUAGGAACUCCACUGACUCAAGGAACUAUGGCCCGAUUCCCUAUGGCCUCAUCCGAGGUCGUGUAUGCUUAAAGGUCAGGCAACCUUCUGUCCACCCGAUUGGACGACAGCACUCCACUGGAGGCCCUGCUACGACAUCUGAUGAAAUAACAGGAUUUUUAAUGAGGUCAAAUGCAUCAUUAAAAGCUGUAUAAGGGAGUGUGUCCACAAUGUGAAAUAAGCUCUGGCCGCUGCAUAGUUUUGGCACACUGAGUGAAAGCCCGACCAAACGCAUCAUUAAAGCUCAGAGUGACUCAGACUCAGAUUGACGCAUCCCAAUUGUUUAUUUUCCUGUACUUGGUUUGAAUCAUUUCUUCUGAUUAAAGCGACUAUUUAUUCAA